AGAAACUACUGAAUCAUGGCGUGGGGCUACUGGAGCGCCACCACAGUCUCAGAUCGAGGUAGGAGCCCGCGUCGGAACCAGAACGGCACUUCCAACGCCGCCGCCUCAUCCUCCGGUUCCAGCAGACUAGACUCUCACCAUUCGCACUCCAGCGUACACCAGACGGCUGCCGCGGCCGCCGUCGCUGCUCCCAAGACCUACAUCGACAACCCCCAUGCCUCGGCGUCCCACCACCAUCACGCCGCCGCCACGGCGCCCCACAAUCCCAACAUGACCGCCGUGCAGGACUUUGACGAUCUCCCGUCCGCGGUGUUCUCCAGGAGGCCGUCCUUGGACCUGUCGGCUUCCGGGCAGAUGGUCGCGCACGCGCAGAACGUGGCGCACGUGUGCGCGGCCCACGGUAGUCGGCACGUGACGUGCGUGGGACCCACGGGUGGCACCCUGUCUGCAGGCAACACUCUGACAAGGUUGGGUUCAAGGCACACGGCCGUCGAGUACGCCGUGCCGCACCACUUCCACAUACACCACGGCACCAAGUACGUGGAGUACCACCAGCCGCAACUAUCGUUCUCAGACGACGAUUCCAGCUCGGAGCCUGGAUACGCCACAGUUUUUCCAAAUGUGCCGCCACAGCCUGGGAUGCCGUGUCAGGGAGAGGACAGGAGCAUUUAUAGAAGAGGAGCAAGAAGAUGGAGGAAGCUAUACCGCGUGAACGGUCAUAUUUUCCAAGCAAAAAGAUUCAAUAGACGGGCCUUCUGCGCUUUCUGCCAUGAUCGUAUCUGGGGCCUUGGUCGGCAGGGCUUCAAGUGCAUCCAGUGCAAAUUGCUGGUGCACAAGAAAUGCCACAAGUUGGUGCAGCUACCCUGCGCCAACGAGCACGUCGAGCCAGUACUCAGGGAGGAACAGAAUGGAGCCGAGUCCGCUGGUGGACAGGUUGGAUUGGUCGCGUCUCCCCACGUCAACGAAUCCGGUCUGCAGGAUCACCUCAGAGAGUUCCCGGAAGCGCCACAGGCCGACCUAUCCGGAGAAUCAGUGCCGGUGGAGGACCCCAAGGAAGACCUCGACAUCGGUUCUACCAGACAAUAUUCCCUGAACGAUUUCGAACUGAUCCGCGUUAUCGGUAGGGGAUCCUACGCCAAGGUGCUGAUGGUCGAGCUGAAGAAGACGAAACGCAUCUACGCCAUGAAGGUGAUCAAGAAGGCCUUGGUGACCGACGACGAGGACAUCGACUGGGUGCAGACGGAGAAGCACGUCUUCGAGACCGCCUCCAACCACCCCUUCCUGGUCGGGCUCCAUUCUUGUUUCCAGACGCCGAGCCGCCUAUUUUUCGUCAUCGAGUUCGUGAGAGGCGGCGACCUCAUGUUCCACAUGCAGAGACAGCGCAGGCUACCGGAGGAACACGCCAGAUUCUACGCCGCCGAGAUCUCUCUGGCCCUCAACUUCCUGCAUUGCAAGGGCAUCAUCUACAGAGACCUGAAACUGGACAACGUCCUACUGGAUCACGAGGGUCAUAUCAAGUUGACUGAUUACGGAAUGUGCAAGGAAGGCAUAAGGCCCGGCGACACCACCAGUACCUUCUGUGGUACUCCGAACUAUAUAGCUCCCGAAAUAUUGCGAGGAGAGGACUACGGCUUUUCCGUUGAUUGGUGGGCCUUAGGUGUUUUACUGUACGAGAUGUUGGCCGGUAGAUCGCCCUUCGACAUAGCGGGCGCUUCGGAGAACCCCGAUCAGAAUACCGAGGACUAUCUGUUCCAAGUGAUACUGGAAAAGACCAUAAGAAUACCCAGGUCGCUCAGUGUCAAGGCCGCCAACGUGCUGAAAGGGUUCUUGAAUAAGAAUCCCGCCGAUCGUCUUGGUUGUCACUCACCCGACUCCUUCUCCGAGAUCACUAGCCAUCAAUUCUUCAAGAGUAUCGACUGGGAUAUGCUGGAACAAAAACAUGUGCCUCCCCCUUACAAACCAAGACUGGACUCUGAUAGAGAUUUAGCUAAUUUCCCACCCGAAUUCACCGAUGAGCCUGUACAUCUAACCCCAGACGAUCCACGUGUGAUUGAGAAAAUUGACCAGUCAGAGUUCGAGGGCUUCGAGUACGUUAAUCCACUGCUCAUGUCGUUGGAGGACUGCGUGUGACAUGACAUAAUGUGUGCACUACAUCCGGCUAAUCGCCCAACGUUGCCUCCGCCGCCUCCUCCGCCUCCACCCGAUCUGCUCCACCUCGGGGGGAAAUACUUGGAAAUGGAUAAUGUACGCCCCACUUCGAAGUCUCUGUUGCAGAACAUAUUUUGCUUACCUUUGAAUUAGUGUUUCCGUGCUGAAGAAGGGGGUGUGGGGUGUAAAUGGUGGGAGGAAGGAACAUUUUAAAUUAUAUUUCAGGAGCAGCUAAAACGACAACAAUUUUUGGUUACUCUUGUCACUUUUGUGCAUUUGUCGGUGUUAUAUGCUAUGGUUUCGUGAAAUUCAGUGGUUUUGUAUGAUUCUGUGAUUAAGAUCGCACUGUUUGUUUACCCUAUUUCUGUGCUUCGGGAUAUGUAAAUUCCAAUCUUCUGUGAUUAUCGCGAAGGAAAAUGACGUUAUCUGUGAUUAUUCCAGCUAGUUUUCUUAUGUUAAUUGGGAUGGAAAUGAAGCCUUUCUGCGAAGUAAGUAAAAUCGAUAAGUUUCACCGAACUUAUCCAAUAAUUUUUGACCCAUUCAGUUUAAUUUUCGGAGUUUUUAUACAGAGGAUUUAUUUUAUUUCUAAAUUGUUGAGUUGUGAUAAUAAAAACCUGAAAAAUG